AUGUUCUUGGUUUCAAACUUCAUAUUUCUAAAACGCUGUGUUAUGGGCUUCAGAGGGAGCCUCUCUUCUCACACGGUUUCUGAUGAGUAUGCGCCGUCGCGAGCCACCGCUAACAUGAGCCAAACUAAUUCGUUCAACCUUCUUAUUAUUUCUUCUUCAAGUUAUGUCUUCACUGAUAAAGAUGAUGAGAAAUCCAGAGAACUCCAGGAAAUGUUAUUGCAUUUGAAGUCGAGAAAAGGUGAUGAAGAUGUUGCAUUUGAAAUAGGGAAGAAGAUGGUGGUUGUUGCGUUUUUACAGAAAGUGCAUAAAAGCUUUGAUUUAAAGGUGAUGCAUGAAUUUGUUGAAGUUUUGUAG